CCCAUUCCUAUGAAUGAAUGGACUUACAUGAUACGUGACAUACAGCGCGUCAUUCUACUUCCUGUUUGGAGGCGGGCCUAGUUCUGUAAACAUUUACACAACGUGAUGUGAGCUGCAGCAGACUGCACACCGUAAACAUCGCAGAGCAGAGGAGAACCAGACAUAAACACAAACAGUUCAUGAUGGCUGCAGAUUCAGUGUCCAACGGAGGAGAAAACAUCAUUACUGACAGUGACGAUGAUACGCUCAGUCCUGAUGACCUGUCGGAGGUGUUAACGGCUGGAACCAAGGAGUCUCACGACAGAGCAGAGAACUCGCCUUUUGUCAAGGACUUCCUGAGGGGCCGAAUCAAACGAGAACUUUUUAAGCUCGGCACAGCUGCCCUGUACUAUGUUUAUUCUGCCAUUGAGGAAGAGAUCGAGAAGAACAAGGAGCACCCUAUGUUCGCCCCGCUGUAUUUCCCCUCUGAGCUUCACCGGCGAGAUGCCUUGGCCAAAGACCUGGAGUAUCUCUACGGUGAAGACUGGGAGAGCAAGAUCUCCUGCUCGGCAGCCACACGGCCCUAUGUGGAGCGCAUUCAUGAGGUGGGACGUGACGAUCCCGCUCUUUUGGUUGCACAUGCUUGGACCCGCUACAUGGGUGACCUGUCAGGAGGGCAGAUUCUGAAGAAAGUGGCUCAGCGGGCUCUAAAACUGCCCCCCACUGGUGAAGGAGUGAAAUUCUACCAUUUUGAAGGCAUCCACAGCCCCACGGCCUUCAAGAGACUGUACCGCAGUCGCAUGAAUGAGCUGGAGGUGGAUGCCGAGACCAAGAAGAAGCUGCUAGACGAAGCCAACCUGGCAUUUAAAUAUAAUUUGGAUGUAUUCACAGAGCUGCAGGAGAUUGGGAAGGAUAUAAAAGAGGAAGUGCAGGACAUUGGCUUCCAUGCACAUGGGGAUAUGGGUGGAGACAUCAGUAAAUGCCCCUACUAUGCAGCCAAGAUGGCGGUGAGUGGAAGCACGACCCAUGCAUGUAAUUUUGCCAAGAUGCUGCUUGGCCCGUCCACAGUACAGGUGAUUCUGGCCAUGUGUGUCGCUGCUGCCGCUGGAUUGGCUGCUUGGUACCUCAUGUGAUCACCUUUACCCGAGUCAGCCAAUCAGAAAUGAAAAUAGCAACAGCUGGGCUUCAAAGUGGAGCUCUUUCACUCACUAGGCCACCUCGUGAAAAUAUUGCUGCCGAUCCAUGCCCCAAAUCUGUAUUAAAUACAUUGCUUUUAAAGGAGAUAUGACAUUCUUUAUCCCGUUUCCAUUCUCAGUCAAGAGUGCAAGCACACUAUUAAGGGCAUGCUAGAAGACACUGGAGCUGCUUAGAAUUAAACUAUUAAUGCAAGAA